AUGUCCACCCAGAAACAGGGGUUGUCCUCCCAGAAACAGGGGUUGUCCACUCAGAAACAGGGGUUGUCCACUCAGAAACAGGGGUUGUCCACUCAGAAACAGGGGUUGUCCUCCCAGAAACAGGGGUUGUCCACUCAGAAACAGGGGUUGUCCACUCAGAAACAGGGGUUGUCCUCCCAGAAACAGGGGUUGUCCACUCAGAAACAGGGGUUGUCCACUCAGAAACAGGGGUUGUCCACUCAGAAACAGGGGUUGUCCACUCAGAAACAGGGGUUGUCCACUCAGAAACAGGGGUUGUCCACUCAGAAACGGAGGUUGUGCACUCAGAAACAGGGGUUGUGCACUCAGAAACAGGGGUUGUCCACUCAGAAACAGGGGUUGCCCACUCAGAAACAGGGGUUGUCCACUCAGAAACAGGGGUUGUCCACUCAGAAACAGGGGUUGUCCACUCAGAAACAGGGGUUGUCCACUCAGAAACAGAGGUUGUCCACCCAGGAACAGUGGUUGUCCACCCAGAAACAGGGGUUGUCCAUCCAGGAACAGGGGUUGUCCACUCAGGAACAGUGGUUGUCCACCCAGAAACAGGGGUUGUCCAUCCAGGAACAGGGGUUGUCCACUCAGAAACAGGGGUUGUCCACUCAGGAACAUGGGUUGUCCACUCAGAAACACAGGUUGUCCAACCAGGGACAGUGGUUGUACACCCAGAAAACAGGGUUUGUCCUCCCAGAAACAGGGGUUAAACAGGGGUUGUCCACCCAGGAACAGGGGUUGUCCACUCAGGAACAGGGGUUGUCCACUCAGAAACAGAGGUUGUCCACCCAGGAACAGGGGUUGUCCACCCAGGAACAGGGGUUGUCCACUCAGAAACAGAGGUUGUCCACCCAGGAACAGGGGUUGCCCACUCAGAAACAGGGGUUGUCCACUCAUGAACAGGGGUUGUCCUCCCAGAAACAGGGGUUGUCCACCCAGGAACAGGGGUUGUCCACUCAGAAACAGGGGUUGUCCACCCAGAAACAGGGGUUGUCCACCCAGGAACAGAGGUUGUCCACCCAGGAACAGGGGUUGUCCACUCAGAAACAGAGGUUGUCCACCCAGGAACAGGGGUUGUCCACCCAGGAACAGGGGUUGUCCACUCAGAAACAGAGGUUGUCCACCCAGGAACAGGGGUUGUCCACUCAGAAACAGAGGUUGUCCACCCAGGAACAGGGGUUGUCCAUCCAGGAAUAA